UAAAAAAAUUACGAAUUUAAAUUCUGUAGAAGUCUUCAAACUUUUUGAUGCUAUACAGGAAGAACAAGUUGGCCGGCGGAGAUAGGUACAAAGCCAUUAACGGAACCCGCCGGCUGCCGGUUUCAUGGAUAGCAAAGACGACAGGGACAAAGAAUGGAGUACAUCGCUGCCAUAUGCCCUUUGCCAUUUCUCCACGAGCGGAGGAGCUGUUGCCGUUGCGACCGCGUUCACGCAUCCUUUAGAUGUUGUCAAAGUUAGACUCCAGAUGCAGCUUCUUGGCCAAAGAGGUCCUUUGGUGGGGAUGGGCGAAACUUUUGGAAGAAUAAUUAAAGUUGAAGGAGUUAGAGGACUAUAUCUUGGACUAGUGCCUGCACUAACUAGGUCUACUCUCUAUGGCGGUCUGCGUUUGGGCUUGUAUCAGCCUUGUAAAUAUCUUUCCGACUUAAUGGUUGGUUCAACUAAUAUCUUCGUGAAGAUUGCAUCAGGAGCUUUUUCUGGGGCGCUUGCAACCGCUUUGACUAAUCCAAUGGAAGUUCUGAAGGUUAGACUGCAAAUGAACUCCAGAAGGGGUCUUACAGGAGAAAUACAUAAAAUUAUAUCAGAAGAGGGUUUCAGGGCACUCUGGAAAGGAGUAGGCCCUGCAAUGACCAGGGCUGGUGCAUUGACUGCCUCACAGUUGGUAACAUAUGACGAGUCAAAGCAGGCCUUGCUUAAGUGGACUCAUCUUGAAGAAGGGUUUCAUUUACAUCUCAUCUCAAGUUUUGUAGCAGGAACUGUUGGAACCCUAGUAACUGCACCUGUGGACAUGCUCAAGACUCGACUAAUGUUGCAGCAAGAUUCCAGAGGCCCCAGGAUUUACAGAAAUGUAUUUCACUGUGCAUACCAGGUAGUUCUCACAGAGGGUGCAGGCGCGCUUUAUAAAGGCACAGGGGUUUUGCCACUUUUGCAAGAAUAGGCCCUCAAACUACCAUUACGUUUCUAGUAUGUGAAAAGCUGCGGAAGCUUGCUGGUAUGAACGCCAUGUGAGUAGCCUUUUCUUCCCCAACGAAGAUCAGGGGACUAUAAUUUGAAUUGCAGUGCAUGGAGCAGUGGUAUUUUAUGAUAGUUGAUUUUUUUUUUUUAUAUUCAAUAAUUGAUUCAAUUUAAACUAUAAUGUACAAAUCUCUUUAGCAUUCAGAAACAGUUUAUUUAUUUAGGCCGCAUUUUGUUGUGCUGGCUUAGUUCUUUGCAUUCAAUAAAAUUAAGCAAACAUCA